GGCAUUCGGUACGCUGCUGCCUCUCAGCGUACAGAGCAGUAGUUUUACAUCGGAGUGACUGUUGAAUUAACGUGUCAUUUGUACUAGCGUUAAUAUAAUUUGGUUGCAGUAGCACUACGUAGGAUAUUUCGCCAGGACCUUCAGAGAAAUCCAGACAAAAAGAAAAAGAACAGGAAAAGUGAACUUCAAGAGUUCUGCCUCUCAUUCCCCUUGGUGUGCCUCCUCUCUUUUCGAUUGAUAUUGACCAAGAGAGACAUUGUCUGCGCUCCGAAGAAACAUGAGCUUUCUAUUUGGAAACCGUUCAUCCAAAACAUUCAAGCCCAAGAAGAAUAUCCCAGAGGGUUCUCAUCAGUACGAGCUGUUGAAACAUGCAGAGGCUACGCUGGGGAGUGGAAACCUGCGCAUGGCAGUCAUGCUACCCGAGGGUGAAGAUUUAAAUGAGUGGGUCGCUGUCAACACUGUGGAUUUCUUCAACCAGAUCAACAUGCUGUAUGGAACAAUCACAGACUUUUGUACAGAGGAAAGCUGUCCUGUCAUGUCUGCUGGUCCAAAGUAUGAGUACCAUUGGGCUGACGGAACCAACAUUAAGAAGCCUAUCAAAUGCUCUGCUCCCAAGUACAUCGAUUACCUCAUGACCUGGGUGCAAGACCAGCUCGAUGAUGAAACACUUUUCCCCUCCAAGAUCGGUGUCCCCUUCAAACGUAACUUUAUGUCUGUGGCGAAGACCAUCCUGAAGCGCCUGUUCAGGGUCUAUGCUCACAUCUACCACCAGCACUUUGACUCCGUCAUGCAGCUGCAAGAGGAGGCCCAUCUCAACACAUCGUUCAAACACUUCAUCUUUUUUGUUCAGGAGUUCAACCUCAUUGACAGAAAAGAACUGGCCCCGCUACAGGAACUAAUUGAGAAACUGACAACUAAGGAUAGAUAAACAGCAAUGCAACCCUAAUUUUAUUGUUCUAGUUUUUGCACAGAUACCCACCCCACCCUGGCUGUAUGUAUGCAGUAUAUACUAUAUUUCCAUUUGGGGAAAUGUUUUUAAUAAUGCCAGGCAGAUGGAAGGGUUUUGGUAGAUUUAAGGCACCACAACUAAUUUUUAUCAGGGAUUACAGACUUAAUUGACAAACCAUAGAUUAACAUUAGAAAAAAAAUGAGCUGUAUGGAAAAAUAAAUCCCCAGUAUUCACACGCAGCUUAUAUUUAGAUAAUAAAAACAUUCUUCAUUAGUUUUCCAUAACUGCACAGAUUUUCUUUUGUUUUCACUUGGAUUUACAGCAACACGGGGCAUUUUGAUGCUCUCAGAUUCCUACAUCUAACACACUUAAAGGGGAGAAUAGUGUAUGCUGUACAAAAGGAUGCAAUUUAUGUUAAAAACAUGAAUUCAACAGCGGUUUCUAAUUUUUUUAUUUGAUGUAGAGAUCAGUUUUGGUUUGCUUCUGUAAUUGCUGACAUGUCAAUACAAAAUAACUCAAGUGCCUAGCAUGGCUCAUAAUUGCCCUAUAUCAGUGAGAACUGUCAGAAGACAAAGGCCAUAUAUCACUGAUUUUGACGGACAACAUUCAAUUUUCCACCAAAUCUCCCUUUUAAGUUUACAUACUAAAAUCCCCGGUAUAUCAUGUUUCAGACACUACUGUAACUGGAUUAAAAUGACUUUCUCUGUAAACUCCACAUUUUUAUUUACUGUAGUUUUGCGAGUCUCUUUGCUGAGUGUUCCGUGCAGGUUAUGAUAAAUGAAUGUGUUGAAGGACAUAGAAGUGAGGUUAGAAUAUUGUCAUGUUGUAGCAGGGACUAACAAACAUUUAGCAUUGCCUUGUGAAACGUCCCUGUGUGCUAGUUUCCCCCUGAAACUUUUAUGUAGAAACAUUUUUUAUGAAAAGUCUGCAAGGGAUCUAAAAUGAAAACUGUAUAGAUGUAGAGAGGUGUUUAACCUCCACUAUUUUAAAGAUAAAAGCAUUUUGAAUUGGAUAAUGCUGCAUCCCUUGUUAUUUCAAUAGCCAUUAAGCACUUUGAACUAUUUUCCUGACCUCUCUUGCCUGAAUGUUUCUGAUGCAUAGGCUCUGCUUUGUGAGAAGCUGUAUCAUGUGACUGAUCAUUUUUUUCCCCCUCAUAUUUCUCCACAUGAAUGUUGAAUGGCUUAACCUCUUUUGAAAUCAGCUAAAAGGCACAAGUGAGGUUUUCUUGCGCUUUUAUGUGGUUUGAGUUGUUGCUGUGCUUUGAGCAGCAGGCGCAUGCACCCGUCCCCAAUGUCAAAGUGUAGUUUACUAUGCAAUAAUUGACUAAAAUAAGAGGGUACCAGUUUGAUGCUUUAUAUCCAAUAUUUACCUUUUGUUUAUAGUGCUUGAAUUUGAGUGUGUGACUAAAUUGAAAUGCUUUUCUGUCUGCUUUAGUUUUAAAACAAUGAAAUGAACAUUUUAUACCUGAAAUUUGUCAAAGAGGUGUAAUGCUUUGAUGCACACAUGUAAAUACAGAGGGACAGUCCUGUCUUGAAAAUGGAUUUUCAGCAAGCAUGGAGUGGUAGCUUUUGGUUAAAUGAAUGCAUUGAGUCUUUUAAGCAGCUGCUCUUCCCUCAUUUGAAUAUCAACACUAUUUCUAUGAUUUGUUCAGUAUUUUUUUCUUUGUUUUAUUUUCCCCUUCAUCUUUCUUAGCUAAAUAUUAUGAAUGUUGCUGGUUACCAGAUAUCAAAUAUUGCAAUAGAAAAAUCAGUCAUCCUGAAAGCAUCUCAUCAAUAUGAAAUGCCCACUACAAACCCCACUGCCUACAGUUUUUCCUCUUUAUCUGUAAUGAUUGAUAAAAUGUUUGUAAAUAAUGGCUUAGUAGGGGUUUUCAAUGCUACUGAAUUGAUUUAUGCUGUUAAGGCAAAUAAAGGUCGUCUUGACUCUUUGAA